AUGGGGCCUGACGUGGUUGAGUCGUCCGGUACACCGCUGGUUAGUGCCAACGGCGCGGAGAACACACUGGACGGCAACACGGCUACCUACUGGGCUCCAUCCCCGGCCGGCGGGUCCCACGGCACCGUACUGUACGACCUGCGCCAGCCGUACUGGGUCUACUACAUCAGGGUAAUCAACUUUGGCGACGGGGCUCAUUACGUCACUUCCUUUAUCCUGGAAUCGUCUGAAACUGGUCAGGACUACACGACCGCUGCAAACUUCACAUUUACCCAGGAUGCUCCUGUGGGUGUAUUUGAUGGGUUUUUCGCCAGAGGGCGCUAUUGGAGGUUUACUGUGACUGGUGUCGUGGGUGGGAGUGAACCAUGGGUGGCAGGAAUACAACUUUAUGGUACCCCAGGGUGGGUCCGGCCGUUGGGCUGCUGGACAGACAGUUCCUCCCGAGCAAUCCAGCCGCUGGAGGGGACGGAUCCGCUUCUUUCCGAUGCCUACGGGAGCCGGCAGCAGGCUCUGUACAAGUGUUACACCGUCUCCAGAAGUCUGGGCUACGAUGUGUUUGCUUUGCAGGCCGGCGGGUGGUGCGCCUCUACUGCCACCGCCCGGGAGACCUACCAGAUGUACGGGGCAUCCUCAGCCUGCCAGGCGGACGGAGAGGGAGGAGGCUGGGCGAAUGAAGUCUACGAAAUCAUCGAUGAAGACCACAACCCGUACAGGUCAUCAUUCCUGUCCAACGAUAGGAUGUUUCAGUGUGGAAACGACCCGACAGUGUUCGCCCUUUCGGGGGAAAAUGGAAGCAUUGGACACAUGUUGAGCCCAAACCACGGCAGCGGCAGGUAUCUAAGAAACAGCGCGUGUAGUUGGAUCAUCGACGCCGGCGAAACUGGGCCAAUUUCCCUAAACUUCACCGAGUUUAGCCUCGAAAACAGCACUGAGUGUUCCAACGACUAUGUGGCUGUUUACGAUGGUCCAGGCGUGUCGUCACAGUUGCUGGGGAAAUUUUGCGGCGACGAGGAACCAGGACUGAUGAAUUCAACGGCUCAGUAUUUGUUCGUCGUCUUCAGAUCUGAUGAUUCGUUGGAAUUCCAAGGAUUUCUGGCGGAUAUCAUUGUCACUGCAGGAAUGGCAAAGACUAUCCCAGAAUGUUAUCCAAAUAUCACCCUUGCCGGAGGAGGACCGACCAUGGACCAAGCCUUAGCAGUUGAAAGACCGGUGCCCUUUGCCAUCCAAGCUCUUACUCACGUCACAUGCAAUGAGACAUACACCAUAGAGUUUCAGUGGAUGGUCUAUUCCCACGUUGAUGGUUCGCUUCAGUUGACUAAUAUAAGCGUGCCAACAAUUUACCAAGAAAUCUUCAUACCAAAAAAUACCCUCGGCCCUGGCUUGUUCAGAUUUGAUUUGAACGCGACAGUCGUGAUAGAGCGAACUGGUGCGAGAAAUUCUCUUGUAGGAACACAGUGGGUGGAGGUAAUGUUGUCACCGUUGCUUUCGUCCAUCGUGGGCGGGGCCGCCAGAGCCGUGAGCCGAGGGGAAGACUUGGUGCUCAACGCUUCGGCAUACGACCCCAACAGGAUUGUAACAAACUCAGCAGAUUUCAACUUCACCUGGAGUUGCUUGGAAGACGCCGGCCGUCCGUGCGGUAUAUUCGCGGACGGAGGGCGGAGGUCGCACUACAGGGUCCCGCAGGCGUCGCUACCGGUCUCCUCCAACGUCUUCAACAUUUCAGUAUCAUCAACGUCCGGCCAACAAACAUCCUCACCCUUCCAGCAGAGAGUUGAGCUGAGGAACGGGACAGUGCUGGAGGUCGACAUCAUCGGCUGCAACCAGAGGGAUAACCCGUCCGAACGUCUGGUGCUGCUGGCAUCAUGUAGGAACUGCCCGCUGUCCACAGAGUACCGAUGGUCGCUUCUAGACCAUCCAGCUGGUGUUCAGAUGGAGGGGGAAGACUGGAGUGGCCUUCUCUCUACCACCAGCACAUCACCCAGUCUUGUUCUACAAGCUAAUUCUUUUAAGAUUCCAGGGUCAUACAGGAUUCGCUUGGAUGUAACUGCUUCUAGUGAAGCCCGUGGGUUUGUUGAGUGCGACGUCAAUAUGGACAGUGCGCCCGAGAGCGGAACUUGUGCCGUUCAGCCAACGCCUGACAACAAGGAAUUUUCUGUAGUGUGUGAAGGAUUCAGUGAUACGGACACACCACUGACGUAUUCACUUUAUCAGGAGCCCGCUUUUCCCGCCGGAUUUCCGCAGUUUCUGCUCAGCUGGCCGGAUGGCCGACUGCCUGCAAUGCCACUGCCCGUGGGUUUGCCGUCUACCAACUUCACGUACAACUUGGAAGUCCAUGUCUCUAACGCACGUGGAGCUACUGUUAUCUCCAACACUAUGCCAGUUCAGGUUCCGUUGCCAACUGAAGAAGAAAUAUCCUUCCUACUUGGUAACUUGAGCAGCACUCUUGACACGCUGAUAGACACCGGCGACACGAGAGAAGUCCUGAACCUCGUCCAUCGUGUCAGCUCUAUCCUCAACGCAAACACACCCAAUGGUCAAAUGAAAGAAACCGCUGCAGAGGCGAGGAGAACUAUGGCGAGACAGGUGCAGGUUGUAGCUGGGCAGCUGCAAACUUUGGCAGGCUACAGAAAGCUUGCCAGUGUGCUUGCUGCGCUGACAGCGGUUGGAGACCAGAUGACAGCUGAUUUACAGAAAUGGUUGCUCUAA